CCGUGAGGGGGCGGCUGCGGGAGUCCCCCGUCCCGGCCGGGGCUGCCCCGGCCCUGCCCCGAUCCCCGCCCCGGGUUUCCCCGCCCCGGGUUUCUCGGCGGGAAGACGGCAUCCCGCUACCCGUUCCUCCUCCUGCUGUUGCUGCGGAAGUGCCCGGCUGGGAAGUUUGCGGGCGGCGGCGGGGGGAGGCCGAGGGCGCUCUGUGGAGGUACGAUGCCGCCCAAAGGUCCCGGCAAAGGCAAGCUGCCAGUCCCGCUCCCUAAAGACAUGAUCCUGAAAGACACCGAAGGAAAAACCUGGAGGCUGGGCAGUCAGAUCGGCCAGGGAGGAUUUGGCCUGAUCUAUUUAGCAUCCCCUCAAACUCAGGUUCCUGUAGAAGAUGAUGCAGUGCAUGUCAUUAAAGUGGAAUAUCUUGAAAAUGGCCCCUUGUUUUCUGAGCUGAAGUUUUACCAGAGGGCUGCAAAACAAGAGCAUAUAAGAAAAUGGAUGAAUCUCAAAAAAAUUAGAUGUUUAGGAAUUCCAGUGUUUUGGGGAUCAGGCCUGGCUGAGUACAAUGGAAAAAGCUACAGGUUUAUGGUCAUGGAGAGACUGGGGCAAGACCUUCAAAGAAUCUUUGAAGAUUGUGGAAGCAGGUUUAAGAAGGAGAUUGUUCUGCAGCUUGGGGCACGGAUGUUGGAUACCUUGGAGUACAUACAUGAAAAUGAGUAUGUCCAUGGGGACAUUAAAGCAGCAAAUCUUCUUCUGGGCUACAGCAAUCCACACGAGGUUUAUCUUGCAGAUUAUGGACUUUGCUACAGAUAUUGUCCCAAUGGGAACCACAAACAGUAUCAGGAAAAUCCUAGGAAGGGCCAUAAUGGGACAAUAGAGUUUACCAGCAUAGAUGCCCACAAGGGAGUAGCCCCAUCCAGACGAGGUGACCUUGAAAUCCUUGGCUACUGCAUGCUGCACUGGCUGUGUGGGAAGCUGCCCUGGGAGCAGAACCUCAAGGACCCUGUAGCUGUCCAGAGUGCAAAAACAAAACUUAUGGAUGAGCUCCCAGAUUCAGUGCUGAGGUGGGAUUCUCCUGGAAGCAGCUGCAGUGAAAUAGCCAAGUUUCUGGCCUCUGUUUCUGGCUUAGCUUAUGCUGAGAAGCCCAAGUAUCAAGUGCUGAAGAAAAUCCUGCUGGAUGGCCUGGAGUCGAGCGGGAUGCGCUACGACGGCCCUCUGGAAUUUUCCGCGGCAGCAGCAGCAGCGUGUGCACGGAAUCACCUUGCUGCUAAGGUGUCCAGAGUUCGCCUCCCAAAGCCUCCAUCAAAACCAGCUCAGCAGAAGGGAAAAAAGCCACAAGGUGAAGAACCUGCCUAUCAAAACAAAGUGUGUGAGGGGGUGACAGGCACACAGCUCCUGGAAGAAGGAAAGCCAAGUACACGGAGCCGGAGGCGUCCCCAGGCAGAGCUGCAGCAGCACACAGAGUUACUGUCUGUACCUCAGUGGGCUCCCUUGCCCAGGCCUUCCCUAAAAUCAGUGCAGCAGAAGGAAGACGUGGGGCACGAGGACCACUCCAGCUGCCUGAGCAGGCCCCACACCAGGGGAACACGCCAGCAGUUCCACAUGGAAGAGAAGCCACUUAAAUUGUACACUACCUGUCAGGAGCCUGGGCACCCAAAAAAGGAAGACACUGCAAGAGAGCUGCCACCAUUUGACCCCUACAGAAUACUCUCAGAAUUCCAAAAGAAACACAAUCACCUUGUAACUCCAGCUCCUGCAGCAGCAUCCCAGGCUGGUGCUGACACCACUCGUCCCUCUCUCUCUGCUGUGUUUAGGCUGGCAUUUGCUGAUCAAACCUACCCCUACACUGCAGCUGUUCUGGUGCUUCUGCUGCUCAUUGCCCUGUCCUUGUAUCUGCUUUGAUGUUGUUGUUCCUGUGUCUUCAGUGGGAGUGCAGUGGUGCUCCCACCAUGCAGCUUUUUCCUAGAGUUUCUUCAUUGAAGAUUUCAGUGUCAGCGGCUUGAAAAAGAAGUUUUUAAAUAAUCCUGUCAGUACACGCCUUGUACAGGCAAGUUCUCAUCUGCAUUCAAUAGUUAUGGAUUCUCUGAACUAUUUGUGUUGGCUUCUGUUAUAAAUGUUGGGAUUCUUUUUGUUGCUCGUAACUGAACCUUUUGUUACGGCAUUAAAAAAGUAUCAUUAAAUACAA